AUGACAUUAACUGAAGACGAUCCAAUUGGACAUAAUCCAAAAAGAUGUCUCGUAUUGUAAUCAUUGUUGUCCAAAGCGUCAAAGAAAAAGGAAUGCAUCCAAAAAGCUCUAACCGCAUCCUGGUUUAUUUAAAGGACUUUUUUAGCAGUAAAAAAUGCCAAAGUACCGCUUCUUUUCAAAAUAAAAUAGUCAUCAUCACUGGUGGUAAUGCUGGCAUAGGAAAGGAAACAGCUUUGGAUCUCGCAAAAAGAGGUGCAAAAGUGAUUAUUGCAUGUCGUGACACAAGAAAAGGUGAAGAAGCAGCUCAAGACAUCAAAGAAAAAGAGCCCUCAGCUGCAAUUCAAGUAGAGCAGCUAGAUUUGUCUUCUUUUGCUUCGAUUCGGAAGUUUGCAGAGAAUAUAUUACAAACGGAACAACGCAUUCAUAUUCUGAUUAAUAAUGCAG